GAAGAAUCUAAGGAUCUCAACACUCUCAAGCUUGAAGAUCUCAUUGGUAAAUUGAUGACAUAUGAGAUAGAAGUGCAAGGUGAUGGUGGAGUUGAAAUAGUUGAGAAGAAGAAGAAGGAUGUUGCAUUCAAAGUUAGCAACCAAAAGGAGCAGAGUGAAGAUGAUGCUAGUGAUGGUGAAAACUUCUCCUCCUUAAUCUCUAGAGAAGUGAGGAGAUUUAUGAAGAAGAACAUCAAGAGCAAGCUUGCAAGAAGAGAUGAAGAAGAAUCUACCAAAAAGAGUGUGAAAUGCCCAUGGAGUUCUCUUUUAACUUAUAGACAUGAUGCUGUUUUGCCCAUGGAGUUGUCUACUAGAUCAUUGCGUAUAGCAAUUCAACAUGGUCUCACUUCUGGAGAAUAUAAUGAAGGAAUGAUUCUAGAGUUAGAAGACCUUGAAGCCUUGUUCAUGCUUCAUCUUCCUCUCGCAUGGAAAUCUGCUUUCACCAAACUGAAAACUGUAAAAUCUAACCCAUUUUCUUCAUCUUUCACGAUUUACUGCCGAUCUACUUUGCUCAUGUCUGGCGAUUCCACCAAAGAACCUUCUCCUGCAAAAGCUGCUUCCAUGGCCGGCAACCAAGAAGGACAACCCAUUCCCACCGAAUCUGUUCCUUCCAUGGCUGGCGUUAAAUCAAGCCUGCGCCUUGCUGCACCCGAGCCUGCGCCUUGCUGCACCCGCGCCUGCGCCUUGCUGAGCCCGCGCCCUGCUGCACCCGAGCCUGUGCCUUGCUGCACUCGAGCCUGCACCCUGCUGCACUACACCCUACCCCCUGCUGCAGAUACCCUACUGCUUGCCUGCACCGAGCUUGCACUCUGCCCCAGCCUGCACUCUGCUGCGCCCGGCCUUACUUCCUGCACUAGCUUUGCUCUGCACCAGCUCUUGCGCUCUGCACCAGAUCCCCUGCGCCCUGCGCUUGCACUUUCCCCUUUGCGCCGCUGCGCCCCUGCUGCACCGAGCCUGCACCCUGAUCACACCCAGAUUCCCUUGCUCUGCGCCCCCUGCUGCGUUGACCCUGCUGCUGCGCCUUUGUCCCUGCAGCCAACCAAUCAUGAGACAAACCUGCAGGAUGACAUCACGCUCCAGAUUUCUUGGCUGUUCUGCAGGGCCAGUUUUGGCCUCAUCCGAUCAACGGUGGAAGGAAAAAGAAGAAAAAUUGAAGGGUUUGGAUGAGGAGAGAAGAAGGGAGAUAGGGUUUUUUUUGAUUGGGUAUAAAUAGGAAGAACCGGUAAAUUGAAAACGGGGGUCUUUGGUUGAUGGUGAAGUUUGGAGUUUGCUUUGGGUUGAUUUUGGAGUCCGGUUUUGGGGAUUUUGGCUGGUUGAUUUUCGGGUUCCUUUUGGGAGCUGGGGGUUCUUUGGUCUCUUUUCUUUUUGGUGUUGGCGACAGUGGUAGAAACGGGUGUUUGUUGGAAGCAUUGAAGGGGUGAUCGACCGGAGAUAGCUUAGCCGAAGAAAGUUCAUAUUUUUCUGGAUUUCUGCCUUAGGUAAGCGUCUGGAACUGGGAGAUUUCAGGAGGGGUGGUGAAGGUGAUGGACGGAGCUUGAUACCGUGGGUGGGAUUCCUCCGUUUGGCGCCAGAUCUACCGCUUUCCUGGAAUUUCCACUUUAGAUUUUUACUAUUGUUGAUGUCUUGUAUUAUUUUAGUGAUGAGUACUAAAAUCUACCCGUAAAAUGUUGAGAAAUGAAUGAUAGAUUUGUUAUCAUGCAAGGGAUAUUUACUGGAUUUGAAUUUGAAUGUAUGUUUCUACAGAAAAAUUAUUUAAAUUAG